AUGGGCCUGCGCGCGGCGCAGGCGGUGGAGGUGGACUUCGUCACGGAGCAGGGCGAGACCCUGACCGCGCGCCUGCGGCAGGGUCGCUUGGAUGCCUACGGUGGGGAGCAGUUCGACAUCGUUACGGCCCUCCCCGAGCCCACUGGCAUGACGCCCGACGCGGCGGCGCUGUGGCAGGACAGCGCCGGUGCUCAGGAGGAGCUCCGGAUCCUCGGCGGCGGCGGCGUGGCGGUGCCCGAGCUUUGCCGGGAGCGGGGCCUCGGCAGGGCGCAGGUGGAGCGGGCCCUGGUGCGGGGCGAGCGCUUCCGGGUCCGCAUCCGGGCCCCCGCGCAGGAGGGCGCUGCAGCGGAGGCGCGCGCGCGGGGCUGCGACGCGGCCGUCGGUCUGGCGCCCAGGGGCAGCGGCCCGCUGGGCGUCGCCAACGGCUCCGCCGCCGUCUUCUCGGGCUCGCUGCUCACGGACGCGGGGCCGCACGCGGAGCAGGACCUCCUCACGGUCCUCACGGAGCUCCGUCGAGGCGUUGGAGGCGAGCCGCCUCGGCCCUCCGUCCUCUUCCUGGGGCUGGGCUUCCUGCUGGGCCGGGAGCUCUCGCUCGACACCGUGGCGCACAGGCGGCCCCCUCGGCGGCCCUCGGCGGCCCUCGGCGGCCAGGAAGCGGAGGAGUUGGCCAUCCAGGCCGAGGUUGAGGCCCACCCAGGCGGCCCCAUUGGCACAGCGGGCUCGGCGGGCAUCAUCGCUGACCCGACGACGACGCUGCCGCCAGUUCCAGAGCACCAUCUGCCGUCAGCCGGCGGCAGCCACGCUGGCACUGCCGCACCGCCCGCCCCGCAGAAGGAGGCGCCGCCGCCGAAGGUGCAGCCCCUCGCCUCGGUGGCUGACGGCGAAGAGCAUCCCGUGGUGCCCGCGGCCACGACCACGCCGCCGGCCCGCAGGGCAGCAAGGCACCAAAAGAUCGCUUCGGAGCACGCCACGCGGGACAGCAAGGAGCCCUGGCGGGCGGCGGACGCCGCGCAGGUGGCCCGGGCCGCGCGGACCGCGGAGGCCCUGCAGGCGGAGAGCGCCGCCGUGCGGGAGAUCGUGCGCGAGGCCUCCUUUGGGAGCAAGGAGCAGAUGAAGAGCGUCUCGGAGAUGUUCGGCGACAUCAAGCGGGACAUGUACCGCAUGAACGAGAAGAUCGGGUCGCUCCAGAGGGACAUCGAGGACGGUGUGAAGAUAGCGCCUCCGGACCCUGCGGACAGCCUAGUUUAUCCUCUGUCGGCGUGUACAAGGUGCAUACUGGUGCUGACGGUGCUGUAUUUUGUGUUGUACACUUUGGUCAGCGUCUACAGUCUCGUUUUAGAAUUCCUUGACAUCCUCGACGGAGGCCUGGCGGAGCAGGCCCUCCGCGCCGCCUGCGACGCCGUCCUCCAUGCGCCGAUGCUCUGCGUGCUGUUCCUGGGCGCCCAGCUGCGGGCGCUGCAGGUCACGCGCGGGGAGCACGGGCCGCAGGAGGUGGCCGAGCUGGCCAUGGAGGCCUGCACUUGGUCCGUAGUCGUGCAAACAGCCCUGGUGCUGCUCAUCCCGCUGCUCACGGGCGAGGUGCCAAAGGUGGAUGAUGGAAAUCGCGUCGAGAUCCCAGACUUGGACAGCCAGCCGUUAGCAGGGCUGCUCACGCUGGUGCGCUUCGCGGCGAUGACGUGCCUCUACCUCGGCUGCUGCGUGAUCUGCAUCUCGGUGGUGCUCAUGGACGCGCGCAGCCUGGGCGCGGAGCCCACGUUCCAUCACGCUUCGUAG